AUGCCACGCACUAUUCCGCCAAUAUGUCCGGCCUAUCGGUCCCAAUGCCAGCACAUCGUCACCAAUAACCCAGUUAACGCCAGCAUCGUUGUCGCUGCCAGCGACGUCGUCGCCAAUAACCCGGUUAACGCCAACGUCAUCGUCGCCAGCAAUGUCUUUGGCACUAACAACGUCCACAUCGACUUCCGCAAAACCGACGUCCGCAACCCUGAUAUCAACGUGAAUGAGCUCGAGUUUUGA